CCCCUCUGCACUGCACUCCCAUCCCACCACGCCCGACCCAGCUACGGGGCGGCUGGACUCGAAUUCAUACCUACGACAUAGAUCGGGCGGCGCGUGCCCUCGCAACUCCGGUGCGGCUACAAGCGGGUAUCGCAACGCACGGUCGUGCCAGACAUCGAUAUAACAGCACUACACGUCUUGUGAGACGUACACUGCACUAUGGCACCGUCCAAGAAGGCCGGUAAGAAAGUGGAGGCAAAGCCCAAGAAGGGGGCGGCAGGGGGAAGGGCACAGGUGGCCAAGGCGGAUUGGAAGGAAGGCUUCAAGAAGAAACAGGUCGGCGUGUCUGACAUGACGCUGCUCACCACAACCACGAACGAGGCCAUUAACGAGAACCUGGACAAGCGUUGGAAGAACGGAGAGAUAUACACGUACAUCGGUGGCGUGCUGAUCUCGGUCAAUCCGUUCAAAGACCUGGGGAUCUACACCGAUGAGGUCUUGCAGAAGUACAAGGGCAAGAAUCGACUCGAAGUCCCGCCGCACGUCUUCGGUAUUGCAGAAUCCGCCUACUAUAACAUGAACGCGUACCACGAGAACCAGUGUGUUAUUAUCUCUGGAGAGUCGGGGGCUGGCAAGACGGAAGCGGCGAAGCGUAUCAUGCAAUAUGUUGCUGCAGUUUCAGGUGGACGCGACAGCAGCAUUCAAGAAAUCAAGGAUAUGGUGCUCGCGACGAAUCCCCUCCUAGAGAGUUUUGGUUGCGCGAAGACUCUGAGGAAUAAUAACUCAAGUCGACACGGAAAAUACCUUGAGAUCAUGUUCAACGAUCAUGGAGAGCCCGUCGGAGCCCAAAUUACAAACUAUCUCCUAGAAAAGGGUCGAGUUGUGGGACAAGUAGAGAACGAGCGUAACUUCCAUAUCUUCUACCAGUUCACGAAAGCCGCUUCCCCGGAACAGCGAGAGGUCUUUGGCAUCCAGACACCGGAGGCGUACGCAUACACGAGCAUUAGCAACUGUCUAGAAGUUGCGGGUAUUGACGACGUCAAAGAUUUUGAUGAGACUUUGCGCGCUAUGCAAAUCAUCGGUCUCACAGACCAGGAGCAAAGCGAGAUCUUCCGUAUGCUCGCGGUCAUCCUUUGGCUCGGUAAUGUUCAGUUCGCGGAGAAGGACGAUGGAAAUGCAGAAGUUGCCGACACAAGCGUGACCGAUUUUGUCGGUUAUCUGAUGGAGGUGGAGCCCGCACUAGUUCACAAGGCGAUGACCCUGCGUGUCAUGGAGACUCAACGUAAUGGCCGCCGAGGCUCCGUCUACGACGUUCCGUACAAUCCAGCGCAAGCUGGCUCGACUAGGGAUGCCCUAGCAAAGGCAAUCUACAAUAACUUGUUCGAGUGGAUCGUUUCCAAGAUCAACGUGCAGAUGAAUCCUCGCACAGCGCACGCGCAGCUGAUUGGUAUUCUUGACAUCUUCGGUUUCGAGAUCUUCGAGGACAAUUCUUUCGAACAGCUUUGUAUCAACUACGUGAACGAGAAACUGCAGCAGAUCUUCAUCGAGCUAACUCUGAAGAGCGAGCAAGAGGAAUACGUCCGGGAGCAGAUCAAAUGGAAUCCUAUCAAGUACUUCAACAACAAGAUUGUGUGCGACCUCAUCGAAGAACGUCGGCCUCCUGGUAUUUUUGCUACACUCAACGACGCUUGUGCGACUGCGCAUGCCGACCCCUCUGCGGCAGACAACAGCUUUAUUCAGCGUGCGGCCUCGCUGGCAUCUAAUCCCCACUUCGAAGUCCGUGGCGCACAGUUCCUCAUCAAGCACUAUGCUGGAGAUGUCAUGUAUAAUGUGGCGGGUAUGACCGACAAAAACAAGGACUUACUGCUCAAGGAUAUGCUUGAUCUCAUCGGCAUGAGCGGUAACCAGUUCUUGCAAUCGCUCUUCCCCGAUCGUCCAGACCCAAAUAGCAAGAAGCGGCCCCCUACUGCUGGCGACAGGAUUAAGCAAUCCGCUCAAGCCCUUGUGGAGAAUCUCAUGCGAUGCCGACCCUCGUACAUCCGUACGAUUAAACCCAACCAGAACCGUAGCUCAUCAGAAUUCGACACCCAGGCAGUCCUGCAUCAGAUCAAGUAUCUCGGUCUUCAGGAGAACAUUCGCGUCAGACGUGCCGGUUUUGCCUACAGGAAUACAUUCGAAAAGAUCGUCGAACGUUUCUAUCUGUUAUCCCCAGCAACGUCUUACGCUGGCGAAUACACUUGGCAAGGCGAUGCCAAGUCUGGCUGUGAGCGUAUCCUAACCGACACGGGUAUUGCGCGUGAAGAGUGGCAAAUGGGUGUCACGAAGGCGUUCAUCAAGAGCCCCGAGACCCUCUUUGCGCUCGAAACCAUGCGCGACCGCUACUGGCACAACAUGGCAGGCCGCAUCCAGCGCGCGUGGCGCAACUAUAUUCGCUACAAGCACGAGUGCGCGCGCCGCAUCCAGCGAUUCUGGAAGAACAACAAGGAGGGCAUCGAAUACGCAAAGGUCCGCGACUACGGCCACCAGAUCCUUGCCGGACGGAAGGAGAGGCGCCGCUUCAGUUUAUUGGGUCUCAGGCGAUUCAUGGGCGAUUACCUGGACUGCAACGGCAAGAGUUCCCUCGGUGAAGAAUUGCUUGCUGCAUGUGGCACUUCGGAGAGGGUCGUCUUCAGCUCACGCUGCCAGGUUCUUGUCUCCAAGUUCGGUCGCACGAGCAAACUCAGUCCCAGAUUCUUGGUGGUGACCGCAAGGGCACUGUGCAUCAUUGCCAACCUGCAGGCGAAGGACGGCACAGUUGGUAUCAAUGUAGAGCGCAAGAUUAUUGUUGGCAGCAUCAAGUCUAUCUCCAUGUCGAAUUUGCAGGAUGACUGGAUCGCUUUGAACCUCGGUCCCACUGAAGAAGGAGAUCCUCUUAUCCACUGCGUCUUCAAGACAGAGCUCAUUACACAUCUCUUGACACUCACUUCGGGCAUGAUUCAAGUGCACGCUGGACCAACCAUUGAUUACACUAAGAAGAAAGAGAAGAAGGAUGCGGUCAAGUUUGUGAAGAAUGACAUGGUGAAGAGUGACGAUAACUACAAGAGUCAUACCGUGCAAGUCCCGUCCGGCGAAGCGCCUAGCAGUCUGUCUCGCCCCAUGCCGAAGCGCAAGGAAGGUGUUGUGCGUCAUAUCACCCAAGGCAAGCUUCUUAAGAGGGGAGGCCCGGAUAAACCUGCAUCAUCAAGGCCGAAGCCUGCUGCUCAGCCGCUCCCAGGCAAAUCUAUAACCUCUGCGGUCAAACCUCCGCCGGCACCCUCAACAUCUGCGGCCUCUACCGUGUCGAGUGCAGCUUCACGAGCGCCUCCGCCUCCGCCUCGAGCGGCUGCUCUACCACCACCCCCUCCUCCCGAACCUGAUGUUGAGCUGUACAAGGCCAAGUUCGCAUUCGACGGCCAGGAGGGCGAGAUGGCUCUUAAGAAGGACGACAUUGUUGAGCUUGUUGAGAAAGACGACAACGGAUGGUGGCUGGUCAAGAAGGACGGAAAGGAGGGCUGGGCACCCAAUAACUAUCUCGAGCUGAUGCCGCCCAAAUCGAAGGCAGCCGUCGCUCCACCGCCUCCCCCACCGCCUGGAGCAGGAACGAAGAGGUCCUCUGUAGUUCCUGUGGCUCCAGCUGCUCUCGCAGGAUCGAAGAUCGUGCCGAAGCAUAUCUCUGCGGAUGUCUCUGCCAAGCCGGUGUCAGUUUUCCCAGGCAUGGCACCAGCGAACGGCUCAGCUACUCCUUGGAAGAAGACCCUGUCAGUAUCCAACGGCUCGGAAGAUAGCUCGCCUGCGAGCUCUCGACCCGCAAGCGCUCUCGCUGGCAAGCCGCCACCCCCACCAGUUGCCAACAAGCCCAAGCCUCCUGCGCCCCCGGUAGCCAAUAAACCUGGCGCUCCCAAAGCACCUGGCAAGCCGCCCAUACCGACGGCGUCAAGACCACCCACAGCACCACCCGCACCCAAACCCGGAGGUGGCGGCAAGCCUGCCGCUCCUGGUCAGAUGGAUCUUGCAGCCGCUUUGGCAAGACGUGCGCAAAAAAUCGCAGAUGACGAGUAAGAUGUCCAAGGAGAACUUAAACUAUUUUCUGGUGGAAGUGCGUAGCUUGGUAGGAAUAUAUGAUGAAAU